AUGGCUCUCAAGCUUGGAAAAUGCAGGCUUUGCCUCAAACUUGGCGACUUCUAUUCCAUCUUUACGGUGGACAACAACUUACAACUCGCUGAAAUGGUUAUGGAAUGCGCCCGAGUAAAAAUAUGUGAAGGUGACGGACUUCCAGAUAAAAUUUGCAGUGAAUGCGUUCAGAAACUAAGUAGCGCUCAUAUAUUCAAACAACAAUGUGAACGAUCUGAUCAAGAACUGCGGCGCAAUUAUGUGCCACCACCAGGUUUUAAUUCACCCACACCACCAAAUAGACAAAGUAGUGACUCCGCAUUUUCAACCCAUACAGAAGUAUCUAAACCCUCACCAUCUUUUGAGACUAAAGUAACUCCCGUGACCAGAACACGAAAACGUAGUCGAGACAGUAUUGAUAAUGUAUCCUUGAGCAGUCAUUCCCAUGAUUACCAACCAGGGAGCUCCAAGCGCGUUGAUGAAUUACGUUUGAGUCAGAAGAAACCAAGAAUUGCCUUAAAUUCUGAUUCCGAUUAUGAAGACAACAGUGGAUCGUUUUAUUCUGCUGAAACAGAUUCUGACGAACCCUCGCAACACAAGUGUAUGGAAUGUGGCAAGGCAUUUAGAAAAAUUCAAAGCUUAUCGGCACACGUAAAGUGUCAUAGACGCAGAAAUGCCCAAAAACCUGUCCCAGUAGAGACGCCACCGCCGGAAAUUAAAGAUGCCACCGACUCUGAUGAUAAACUUAGCUGUGACAAAUGUGGAAAAGAGUUCAAAUUGAAAAUAAUGCUCAAACGCCAUAACGACAUCUGCUCGAAGUCAAUUUCGCCCAUAUCACCCAGAAAGGAGCUCAUGGUCUCCUUAGAACCGAUCGACGCGGUGCAAACGACAGUUAAGAUAGAUUGCCCGAUGUGCUCAACAAAGUUUAAAACUAUCGAAAACUUGGAGAAACAUAUGAGAGUCGUUCAUGCGGCAGUUCUUAAAAAGGAAGAUCCAACGCCUCAAUCCGAAAAUGGCAAAAUUUGCGUUCCAUGCUUUUAUUGUGGCCAGCCUUUCGAAGAUUAUUACAUUCACAGCGCACAUUUUAACAUCUGCCCUCAAAAAAAUAACGCCGUCACAUUCGAAUGUCCAGUUUGCAGCAAAGUGGUGACCAAGAAAGGAUGCUACGUUUUACAUCUCAAAGCUCAUUUUUUUCCGCUAGCCUCAACUAAAUCUGUACCUGAAGCUGUUAAAUCGAACAAUUUUCAAUGUCGCAUGUGUAAUAAGAAAUUACCUAGUCAAGCCUUAUUAAUCACUCAUCUAGCAGCUCAUAUGUCUAAUAUGGAUGACGCAGACGAUGGUGGUGAUGAAGAAUCCCGGGCAAGUACAAUGGAGGAUUCAGCGUCAAUACAUUCGUCAGAGUACAGUGGGAACGUCUCAAGCGGGCCGCUAAAAUGCAAAUUUUGUGUUAAAACAUUUAAAUACCGAAAAUCUCUAGUGUCUCACGAAAUAAAACAUCAUACACAAGGUAUAAAAAACGAAGUUCCAGAUAAAGACAUCUCAACAGAUCUUUUAAACGAAACUAACGAUACUUACAAUCAGUAUGAUUCCGAGUCAAGUCAGGACGACGGGGAGGAUGAUAACACUUGUGACAUAUGUGAGAAGCAAUUCUCCUACAAGAGACUACUUUUGCAACACAAAAGGACAAAACAUAACAUGACAUCUGGUACAAAAAGAGCUAAAAUUAACCUAAAAGAUUGUUCGGUACGCUGUCUGAUAUGCGAUAUAGAAAUGAAAGUGAGCGCGAUCAACGAGCACAAUCAAACACAUAUAUCAGUCAAUGUAAAACCAAGAAACUUAUACACGUGUAUUGAGUGCGGGCAGCAGUUCAAAAGUUGUAGUGCUUUGGCAAAUCAUAUAAAGUUUGUGCAUCGGUUAAAGCAACCGCCUAUAACGGCGGCGACUGACUUGGCGGAUUUUUGUGAGGUCGUUGUGACGAAGGCGGAACCCCUGGACAGUGUCCAGAGUCACAACGGCUUUGAGGAUUCCGCCGAAAACGGCAUGCCAUUAGUCAACCUGAGCGGCUUCACGUGUACCAUCUGCAGCAAACAAAUGCCCACUUUGAGAUCUCUAAAACAACAUGUCAAUUGGCACAACCACGUUGGCAAGAGUAUGGAGAAGAAGUUGGAAUGCUUUGUUUGUAAAGAGACAUUCCGGUUUCAAUGCCAUUACAAGGCACACAUGCGCGUGCACUACACCGACACUAACCUCGAUCCAAAAUACCUCACUUGCUCCAUUUGCAACAGAAAAAGCAAGCAUCUUCGCGCUGCGCAAGCGCAUAUGAACUAUCACAAGCAAAUCCGAUUCCAGAACAAAGACUACGAGUGCUCAAUCUGCAAAAGAGUGUUCCAACAUAGAAAAGUGUAUCUCUCCCACAUGGCAAUCCACUACAAGCGAGGUGAAAGCGUCAAUUCUAUCGUUGGCUACGUCCUACCGAACUCUGUAGACAAAAACAAGUUUGACGGAACCCACACUUGCCAUCAUUGCGGGAAGGUCUGCGAUUCAGAAAAUUCCCUUAAACACCAUAUUAUUUGGCAUAACUCUAAAACGUCGUUAUAUGGUAAUAGACACGAGUGUGAUAUAUGUAACUUGCAAUUUACCAACAAGAGACGGCUGGAGCUACACACGCGGACACAUUUUGAAGAUGACAAUGGACCUUUUAAAUGUCAUAUAUGCGGCAAAGGGUAUAUAGUCGAAGAUUACUUCAAGAGACACGUCAAAGGUCAUAAUUUCGAUCAUCAGUCCCAUAAGAAAAGGAUAGAGAAGUUGCGAAAAAAUAAAGUGAAGUGUCCAAUAUGUGCUCGUUUCUAUCCGGACCUGGUGAAACUUAUUCGUCAUCUCCGACGCACUCAUCCCGAAAGUAAAAUGAUUAAAGAGGAUCCCGAUGCGCCCGCUCCUAACUAUUAUUCCUGCAAAUUGUGUGCCAAAGUGUUCCUUGAUGAACGGAGGCUGCAGUACCAUGAAGAAGCUCAUCUGCGCAAACCUGAGUUUUUCAAGUGUAAAUUCUGUGGCAAGAAGACAAUUUCGCUAAAGAACCACAGAGUACAUAUAAAAGGUCAUCUCACACAGAAAUAUAUCGAUGACCCGCUUAAAUGUUCUCAGUGUGAUGAAAAAUUCAUGAGAGGAUACGACUUACAUUACCAUUUACGGGAUGCCCACGGGAUUAAUGAGACGUGGAUUGCAGAGCGCGGCGCGCAGACGUUAGAUGGGCCUUUGAAAGAACUUCAGUGCUCUAUAUGUUACAAAGUGUUGGCCAGCAAAGGAAACUUUGAGAGACAUAUAGACUACCACAAUUCCCUACGAUGUAAUUACUGCUUUGAUUACUUCAGCUCGUUGCGCUUCUUAGAAGGACAUUUAGCCUUCAGUUGUGAUAAAAAGAAACUCAUCGGUGAUACGGAGAUAUAUCCGAGAAAAGUGAAGUGCCAUAUUUGUUACAAAGCUUUCCAUUUACAAGUGAAGUUAGAUUGUCACUUGCGCACUCAACACGGUAUAAAAGUUUUUAAGGAAGCGUCGGAAGGGAAAAAGGAGCUGGUGUGUGAUUAUUGUUUUAGAGUUUUCGAAAAUGAAUACGCGCUAACUAAUCACAAAAUCUAUCAUCGCACCAUCGGUUACUUUGGAUGCAUUUAUUGCAAUAGGAAAUUUAAUACUAUGACGUUAUAUAGGAAACACAAAAAUCAUCAUUUCACACAAUUAAAUGUGGACGAACCCACCAAAUGUGAACACUGCGACGAAAAGUUUGUCGCGUUUAGAGAAAUGAUCUACCACAUGCGAGACGUUCACGGGGACGAUAAAGAAUGGGUCGUUCUUCCUAAAGAAUCCAUUGAGGAAAAAUGCAACAUUUGCAAUAAAACUUUCUUCAACCUUCACAAACACUUGGCUUAUCAUGAAGAAAAUAGAUGCAAAAAAUGUGGCGAGUACUUCUUUUCACGGUUGGACUUGGACAAUCAUCUUUGCACAAUAGAGAGCGACGAAGAAGUUGCUGAACUUAACAAUGACGGUGUUCGACAAGUUUACGAAGAAUGUAGUUUCUGCUUUAAACCAGUCACAAAGAAGAAUUCAAAACGAAAACAUGACCAAAUCCAUCGUGGGUCUGGGUCCAUAUCUUGUAGAUUCUGCCUGCUUAAAUUCAAGACUAUUGACGCUUUCAACAUUCACGCUUUCUCACACCGAAGUAGGAAGUAUAAGAAAAAGCCUAUUAAAUGUAGAAAAUGUGGAGAGCAGUUUGUGAAAUACGGGCCAUUUAUAAAGCACAUGAAACAAGUGCACAAGUCGUCCCAUAAGCUGCAUUACAGAGCAACGGUGAUGCCUGAAAAGUGCGUCGUGUGUCAUGACAACUUCCCCAAUUUACACAAUCACUAUCGAGCACAUUUGCAAAAUCAGUGUCAACAGUGUUUCAAAUAUUUUACGUCUUUCAAAGUCUUUUCUCAGCAUAAAUGUGACAAGGAGGACUCGGACCCAUCCAAAGUGUUUGUUUCUGACGCAAAUUUACCUGAUCUAAUUAAUACAUAUGUCCCGAAAGAUGAAAAGGAUGAUGAGAAAUAUUACGGUCAUGAAGAAGAGACUCGGGAAGAAGAAGAAAGGUCAAUUCCUACGAAGGAAAAUUCUGUAAUAAAGAAACCAGAAAUUGUUUCGCAAGAUGAAAACAGCCAGAAUUCCAUCGAUAUAGAGGAAGGGCAACUUCAUGAGAUGGUCCACACUCCGAUCAUAUCUGAUGUGCUUUCGUUAUAUAAGAAGAAGGAAGAUGUUAAGUGUAAAACUAAAAAUGAUAAUCAUAGUAUUGUUAGUGAUAAUGUGGUUAUUCUUACAGAUGACGAGGACUCCGUAGGAUUUCAGGACACUAUGACUGUUAUAACUAUAGAAGAU